CUUUCCAGCUCAAUACAACACACAAAAUUGUGUAAAAGCGCAUCGUGUUUCUUGUAAAAAUGUCGCUUGCACCUGCCAGUGGUACGGGAAGGUUUUGGGCUAGAUCCGCGAAAAUAAUACGCUUUGUGCGCCAUGGCUGUACAAACCGUCCGUUUUUCCACAUUGUUGUAAUGGAGCGCCGAAAAGAGCAAUAUCAGCCGGUGAUUGAACAAGUGGGCACUUAUGAUCCAAUCCCGAACGAGCAUGAUGAACAGCUAGUGUCGUUCAAUUACGAACGCAUUCGACAUUGGAUUGGUAGUGGUGCGCACAUAUCUAAACCGGUGGCGGAGUUGUUAGGAAUUGCCGGUUUGCUUCCCGUUCAUCCCAGGACAUAUAUGACCGCAUGGCGCAACAGGCAAAUGGCGGAGAAGUUGGCACAGAUUGAAGCUUUAAAAAAUGCAGAGAAAACAGACGAUGCUAGCAAGAGCUAA